UCAAGCUUUUCAUCAAAUAUGAGUCCAUCCAAUGCUCCCAUGAAAUCUGUGUUUCCUCUUAGCUUAGCUUAACUUAUAAUUAUAUAAUCCGUCAAAGAUUUUUGUAAUUGUCUCAUGUUAGGCAUGUUCAUAUCUCAUACGAUUCAUCAUGAUUCCUAAACAACGACCUGGGGGCUGAGGCAGAGAAUAGGUUCCAUGAAUGUAUGCAAGAAGGGCACUUUGCCGGGUAUUUAACAACACCCAUUACCGACUCAGCCUAACCCCACUACACCCUCGUACAAUGCUCCUCUUGUUCCUCCUCCAGCACUAUCGCCACCUCUUCCUACACCCCAGAACCACCACCAACAACCGCCCGCAAAACGACGCCGUCUGACUCCCUCCGCCUCAGUAAAGAUGGAAUACCCUGAUCUGUUUUUUAUGGAAGUUCUGCUAUAUAAUUAUUUGGGGGGAGAUUGGGGAUCAUCCGACUAACAUGGUUGCAGUUGGGUCUUAACCAGUGCUCCACAUUUUGUUUUCCAGAAAAAGUUUCACAUCAUAAAAUGGAUUCAAACUCAAAGCGUCUCAAGUCAUGCUCUCAAAACGAGGAUAGGAUUAGUGGGUUGUCUGAUGCACUUCUUUGCCACAUUCUUUCGUGCUUUUCGACCAGAGAGGCUGUAAGGACCAGUGUGUUAUCACAUAGAUGGAAGAAUGUGUGGGCUUCAGUUCCCAUUCUUGAUUUGGAUGAAGAAGAAUAUCACAGAGCAUAUAUGUAUCAUACUUUACCUCGGACUAAAAGAUAUCGCCCGGAUUGGUUUGCACAGUUUGUGAAUCGAGUACUUAUGUUUCGUUGCCCUGGAGACAUUCAUAGAUUCCGCCUUGUAGCUUCAAGAAUGCAUGAUGUUUCUCUUAUUUAUGCUUGGAUUGCCACUGCCAUUCGGCGUAAUGUUUUGGAGCUUGAUCUUAGUAUUGGCACUCCUACAGACCCACAUUUUGAGGUUCCCAAAAGGCUUUUCAUGUGCCGCACACUGGUGAGUUUAAAGCUGUGGCUGCGCAGAGGUAUUAGUGUCAUUACUCCUAGCUCAAAUUGCUUCCCACGUCUCAAGUUCCUUGAUGUCAGACUAUCGUAUCCCGAUUCUGACUCGAUGGAGAAGCUCUUUUCUCAUUUCCCUGUGCUUGAAGAUCUGAUUAUAGCUGGGAACCUUGCAGACACAUCAGCUUUCAAACUUGAUGUAUCUGCACCUAAACUAAAGAGACUACAAAUUAAGCUCUAUGUUCAUAAGUUUGCCAUGGUUCCUCCUGCUAAUGAUUUUGUAAAUUAUGUGUGCCAAACUUUCGUUAAUGUUGAUGCUCCAAUCCUUGAAGAGUUGAAUCUCUGCUCUGAUGUUUUGGUGAGCUUUUCUUUGAAGAAUGCCAAAAGUCUAAGCAAAGCCAAGAUAGAGUUCUCUGAUUUGAAAGAGCUAGAGAAACAUGAUUGUUUCCUUGGCCUAGCUGAUCGCAUUCGUCAGAUUUAUGUAGGCAUUUGUCAUGCGAAGUACUUGACAAUAGAAGCUCCAAUUUUGGUGGCUCUCAAUGUCGGACAUCAUCAUCUUCUGCCUACUUUUAAGAAUUUGAACCACUUGGAGCUACAACUUCAGACUUGUCGAUGUUUGCAAUCACUGGCAACUUUGCUCAAGAUAUCACCAAAUUUGGAGCAUCUCAAGAUAUCGGCAAUCACAAAAUACGUGCUUAGAAAUGAACCCAAAUAUUGUGAUGAUGGCGAUGAGGAUGUUCUUGUUCAUGAAUGGGAAGCACCAGAGUUUGCACAUACUUGUUUAAUUUCACUCCUCAAGACUGUUUGCCUAUGGGAUUUCAAGGGGUGUCCAAACGACAUAAGAGUGGCAAAGUACUUGGUGAAGCAUGCCAAGUCUUUGAAUAAGGUGACUAUUCAUACUCGUCUUAGUGACGACAAAGAGACAAAGUCACAGUCUCCUAUCACCUUAUCGUCCAAAUUUUCUAAUUUCCCGAUGGCUUCCAAGAACUGUGAAAUUGAAUUUCAGACAAUUGUUUGACUGGGAUCCACAUUCUGGGGAAUAUGUUGCUGUUUUAGAUAUAGCCCUUUUACUUUCGUUCUUUAUUGUAAGUUCUAACUGGUAACUCCAAGUUUCCUCCAAACAAUCUUUUGGCAUGUAUAUUUCUUUGGGAAUGACGUGCCUUUACUUAUGUGCACUUC